AUGGCCCCAAUUCGUGUCGGUAUCAUCGGCCUUACACCAGGUCAGUGGGCAGCCUCGGCUCACCUACCAUACCUGCAAAGCCCCGAGUCGAAUUUCGAAAUUGUUGCUGUUUGCAACUCAUCGGUUGAGAGUGCCGCAAAGAGUGUCAAGGAACUCAAGCUUGCAGAGAGUACCAGGACCUAUGGAGAUCCUCAAGACAUCGCCAAUGAUAAAGACAUUGACCUCGUUGUCUGCACCACCCGGGUUGACCGUCACUAUAAAACUAUCAGUCCUUCUCUCAAAGCUGGCAAGGAUGUUUACGUUGAAUGGCCGUUGGGGAAGAACCUACAGGAAGCACAGGACCUUCUCAACAUCGCCAGGCAGAACAAUGUUAAGCUCAAUGCAGUUGGCCUCCAAGGCCGAUUUGACCCUGUCGUUGAGACUCUGAAGGAGAUCCUAGCUGAAGGAAAAAUUGGAAAGGUUCUCAGUACUUCAAUCAGUGCCCAAGGAAUGAUUGGCGGACCAACAGAGAUGGCGAAAUACGAGUAUCUUAUCGACCAACAAAUCGGUGGUAACUUGUUCUCAAUUCCAGCCUCCCAUUUACUUGAUACUGUCCGGGAAGUCCUUGGCGAGCUUUCGAGUUUCCAAUCUCUCCUCUCAAACCAGCUUCCAGUUGUCAAGCUUGUGGACACGGAUGGCUCUACAGUUAGGGAGAACGUCAAGAAGACCACCCCUGACCACAUCUUGAUUCAAGGUACACUGAACUCCGGCGCAGUACUAUCUGCUACAAUUCGGUGCGGAAUGCCAUUCAAGAAUGCACCUGGAUUAGAAUGGAGCAUCUACGGCGAGAAAGGAGAGAUCAGGAUCAAAGGCCCCAGUGCCCAUAUCCAGAUGUCUGGUACAACCAGGAUUGAACUUCACGACUUCGAGAGCGACAAGGUUGAGAAAAUUGAGCCUAGGAAGGCUACUUUUGCUGAUGCGCACCCAGCUCCGAGGAAUGUGGCCCGUGUUUAUGAGGCAAUUGCUGCACAUGAUAACAGUGUUCUCUGUGACUUUGAGGGCGCCGUGAAGAGGCAUGAGUUUAUUGAGGAGGUCUACAAGCAGAACCCCGGGGUUGUUUGA